CGUCCUCUCACAUUAAUUUUCUUCCUGUUUAAACUGCCAUCUUAGUUUGGUAGUUUGAGUGAUACUCAGGGUACCAGAGUUAGAUAUACGUGCAUGCGCAUGUUCCACUUGUUCUUAUACAUUUGUAGCUAUGUAUGUCUUAAUUGCAUCCGCGCUGUACUACUUAAUAAUACUCUAUGGAUUAAUUCACUUCCUGCUUUUCUUCUUCGCCGAUGCUGAUUUUACGCUGCUGUGGGCAAGUCUGGUGGGACGCAAACCAGAGGCCAAGCUGAAAGGGCAGGUGGUGUGGGUGACAGGAGCCUCCAGUGGAAUUGGGGAAGAGCUGGCCUACCAGCUGGCACGAUGCGGCUCCCGCCUCGUUCUGUCUGCACGCCGUGAGGAUGAGCUGAAGAGGGUGAAACGUCAAUGCUUGGAGUGUUCCAGUCUCAAGGAUGAGGAUAUUCUCGUCCUUCCGCUGGAUUUGUUGGAGAGGACUACCCAUGAAGCAAAAACCAAAGGUGUAAUUCAACACUUUGGACGGAUUGACAUCCUGAUAAACAAUGGGGGCCGAAGCCAGCGCUCUUUGUUCUUGGAUGCCAAUGUGGACGUGUACCAGGCCUUGAUGGAGCUCAACUUCAUCGGGACCCUUUCCCUCACCAAGCAGGUGCUUCCUCACAUGACGCAGCGUGGCACCGGCAGCAUCGUCACCAUCAGCAGCCUGUUGGGCCUCGCCGGGGGACCCUUGGCGACCGGAUACGCUGCCAGCAAGCAUGCUCUGCAGGGCUUUUUCAAUUCCCUUCGGACGGAGCUGUAUGACUACCCCAACAUACUCAUCAGCACAGUGUGUCCAGGGCCUGUGCAGUCAUUAAUCGUACAAAAUGCUUUCACAGAAGACCUGCACAAGCCUUUGACUUCAGCUUGUAGCCAGGCACACAAGAUGCCCACAAGUCGCUGUGCUUCUUUAAUUCUGGCAGGAAUUGCCAAUGGUGUCAAGGAAAUGUGGAUUGCACAGCAGCCGUUCCUGGCAUUUUACUACAUUUGGCAGUACACCCCCACACUGGCCUGGUUCAUAACAAAUAUCCUGAGCAAGAAAAGAGUGCAGAAUUUCAAAACUGGAGUGGAUGCAGACUCUGCAUACUUCACCAAGCCCAAGACCUCAUGAAACGUUGCUUUCUAAUGACUUCUCUUGCAAAAUUUUGAGGACUAAUCUUAAGCGUCCAAUAAUAUAGUAUUUUUCAUCAAUUGUAAAUAAGAGGUCCCACAUGAGUGUAUUUAAAGUGUGUUGCCCAAAAUGUAGCAUAACAGUAAACAUAGCACUUUUAGUAAACAUUACUGGGAGCACGCUCGAUUGUGUCUGUAACUUUAAUGCUAAUGAGUUGUUUGUCCACGCUGGUCUCAAACAAAGUGCGUGGCUCCAAGAAGUGCUAUUGUACAUUUUAUCUGCUUUUUAGAUAUGCACUGUAACUAGGGUUGUCCUGAUACAACUUUUUCACUCCUGAUACGAUACCAAUAUUGAAGCCUUCAAUAUCGGCCAACAUCCGCAUGAAUCACACAUUCUGAUAAUAGUCAGCAAGAGUAGGUAUGAGGAAAAACUGCCUCAUUGACUUUGUUAUGUGUCUGGGGUAUAAUUUGAUCCACAAUGUAGCAUUUAAAAUUAAGCAUUUUAAACCCAACAUUUUAAACCCAACAACUCCCACGGGAGUUUCCCGACUGACUUCAAAUGCGUCAUGAGGUUGGUCCCCGGUUCCGUGCCACCACGGUAAACUUGAGCAAGCUAAGUUCUGCAGGGUCGUUUUCGGACUUUAACCAAAUAUUAUGCAACAUGGCCGACAUCACUCCUACUCCUUGCUGAACACAUUAGCACACACUGUUGUUGGGAUCACGAGGGCUUUCUUUGGCCGCUGCUGGAAUCAAGUUCUUGUAACGGAGUGCCAAUUUUGGAGAUUUUAAUGCAGGCCGAUGAAAUAUUUUAUCAACAUCGUGGAGACCGCUAACUAACACUGCACUUAUCCAACAUAAUAGAUGUCCUAUCAUAUACAACAACAUAACAUUAAAAGGACUAUAUGCAGUAAGCUCUUCCAGCUGCCGAGAGGGUGCAAACAUUUGAAAAAUCCCUUCUCUUCCUGCUUUAUGUAAACCGUAACGCAUUAGUUAUGUUUGCCGAAAGCAAAUAAUAGCCACGUGGCUGCUAAUGUUAGCUGGAUGUACAGCCUAUUUGGAGCGAGUUGCGUAUAGUCCCUUUAAGGAGUGGGACAGGAGGACACAAAUGUACACUAGCAUAGUUAUGUGAGCUAAAGUGAUAACAUUACAGUCACAUUUUAACAGCAACAUCAUGCUAGGUUAGCCUAUUCGCUGAAGAAAAACUGAUCAAAUUUACAGCUCCCAUGUCUGUACCUGACUGACGGAUAGCUGGUAGAGCUCCAGGUUUUAUUUUAAGAUGUGCAGUGAAGCCAUUUUUUCCUCCCCUUUUUUAUUCCUUUGUCCUCUGUGAAAUAGUGCGCAUAUACACUGGGGCGGGUCAAAGGUGGAUUUCAUUUGAUGUCAUGGAAACCCAGAAAUUCAAAACAGACGGUUUGCGGGCCUCUCCUUUCCAAAGUGGAGCAAACAAAUGAGGGAGAUGAUAGAUUUUGCUCAUAUUUGUUUCUCAAACACACAUUACCAUUAUAACGUCAUUAAAAAGUCAAUUUUGUACAACAGGUGACCUUUAAAAAGCACACAGCCUGUUAGGUGAAAUGUAAACCAAGCCAUCUUCUUACAAGCUAUUUUAUUCUAAGUAUAUACAGGUAGACAUAUAAAAAUGAACCAUAUGUACAAGACUAUGGUCACAUUUGUUGAAGUAUUAUUUUCAAGUUGUAAACAAGUGAAGUGUAAACAAAACAAUAGCACUAAACGCUUACAACGAUACAUACCCAAGGCACAUCCUUGAUAUCUUAACUAAGUAAAUGCAUUUUGUGUCCCUUUUUUAGCAGACUGGGAGGGGCAUAAUAAAAAACACUGUGGCCAUUAAAAACAUAGGUAUUCGCCAAGUCUGACCUCAAAUGGCAGGUGAGCAUGUUUAUAGCAAAAAAAACCCAACACUCAAUGUGCUUCUGUUGAAUGUAUUCCCCAAUGAACUAAGAUAUGACUGUUCAUGUUCCCACUUAAAAUGGGAAUCUUGUAGCUUGAUUGUAUUUUUGCUCCUUCCUCUGUUGUACGUACUAAAGCACCAUGAUAACUCCAAUUAUUAAAAACAAAAAAUGUUCCAAUAUUCCACCGAAAAGAUCCCUACGGUCUUAAAAAAAAAAAAAAAGUGCAGUUUUCCUUUAUUUUUUGGCAUCAUCCACAAUCUUUGUAAGACAUGAACACACAGUUCUGUCUUCUGGGCAUUCUAAAAACAGGUAAUACAGGCAGCCCAUAACCGCACAUAAUGGGACACACCUGUGCCGCCUACAAAGACCGCUUUUAAAACACCUCCAAAAACAUCCACCAUGGUUUUAUGGUUUUAUAUCCAUGCUGUAACCAUGUAGUAACGGGCACAUCCAUUGUAAAAUGUAAUACUUACAGUAUUUUGCUGUAUUUUGGUCCUUUUUAGGUAUUACCAAUACUUCCCUAUACUACCUUCCUGGCCUCAUUGAUUUCAUAUAGCAACAUAGAAAUGAACGCCUACACCUAGCAUUAACUUCCAAAAACAAAAACACAGCAACAGUAGCGCCAGCUCCAAUAUGUAGCGUUACCUUUCGGUAGUGGCCUGAGGCAUUGUGAGCGUGGGGUGAAGCUAGUCGCUAUAUGUCAGCUUCUAUGUGCCAAUAAAGUAGCUCUUCAGCGUAACAACGUUAAUGAUAAUAACAACAAUGUCGUCGUAGCUUGGUUAAUAUGCACGCCACAUAACACGUAAAUGUAGCGUUUUGGCGCUUUUUAGUUUUUGUUUUUUUUUAAGAAGGCUUUUAUAGGAAUAGUAGGUGAUUCCCAUUACAUGCAUUCUUAGCUGCAUCUUUUUUUGCUGUUUUGAUAUCUUUAGACCAGGGAUGUCCAAUAUUGGCUUUUUUGACGAUAUUGUCCAACUCUCAAUUUCCAAUUCCGAUAUCAACCGAUACCGAUAUGUGUAACAUCACAUAUCUUGUUCUUGAGUAACAUUGUUCUAAAGUAACAAUACUCUUAAAUGAGUACAGUUGUUUGUUGGCUACUCCACCCAUCUCUGAGUAUAAUGUAUUUUUCAUGUAUAUUUUAUAUAAGCAUACAUUUGUGUUUCUUGUGCCUUGACUUAUGUUAUUUUUGGAAAGAUUUAAUUUAUAUUUAGUUAAUGGGGUAGUAUCAAAUACAUGAAUUUGCUGAUUAUUAUUUUCAUGUUUUUAUUUUAUUGCAUUAAAACUACACUGUGUAUGUUUUUUCGGCACUACUUUGUGCUCUAAAGCUGAUGUCAUGUGAAUUACUACUGUGUGGGAUCAAUAAAGUUCUUAUCUUAGCCAUCUGAGAAGAUCAAAUACAUUGUUUUUGGUGCCUACCUGUUUUCUAAGUAUAUUAGUGCGUGUGUGAAUGUAUAAACAAGAAGCAUUAACUUACAUUUCUUUGUAGAAGGGCGCUUUAUGAAAGUAACUGCUAAGUUACAUGUUUCGAGUUCACAUAGUUGUUGAUUAGUCAGCAUUAUUCGUUAGUAGUGUCUUGUCUGUUGUUAUCUACCUAUUACGUUGCUGUGUGAUGUUGUUUUUAGCUCUUUCUUUAAAGACACCAUGAGUAAGAACGGGAUGUGGACUGGUAACCCCCCGCGAUUUCUAAGGAGCUGGUAAGUUCGUUGUGAGCUCUGUUACUCUGCUUGCUAAA